UGUAAACAAAUACUCACUGGGCAUGCGCCACACAGUAAUAAUGGAGGUCUGUCUUUUCCCCCCGGAGCGAUGAUGGCUGUUUCUACUCAGUUUCCUGCGAUGUAGCAAAAAACCAACCCGUCUACAUUUCUGCGUUUAGUCCAGGCUGUAGUAAGGUUCUUCAAGAUGACCACAGAUCACUCAGUCCAAAGUGAGGCCUUCAGGGUCAUGACCUUCACCCCCUCCAAGGAGGAGUUCAAGGAUUUUGUACGUUAUGUCGGCUACAUGGAGUCACAGGGAGCUCACCGAGCGGGAAUGGCUAAGGUUAUUCCUCCUAAAGGCUGGAAGCCAAGAGGGACGUAUGACGACGUGGAUGACCUGCUGAUUCCUGCUCCCAUCCAGCAGGUGGUGACUGGUCAGUCAGGCCUCUUCACGCAGUACAACAUCCAGAAGAAGCCCAUGCUGGUCCACGAGUUUCAGAAGACCUCCAACCUGGACAAGUUCUGUAGCCCCAGGUUUGCUGACUUCAACGAGCUGGAGAAAAAGUUCUGGAAGAACCUGACCUUCAACCCUCCUCUUUACGGCGCGGACGUCAGAGGGACGCUGUUCGAUCCCGACGUGCCGGACUGGAACAUCAGCCGUCUCGACUCUAUUCUCAACGCGGUGGAGGGUGAGUGCGACGACAAGAUCAAAGCGGCCCAGGGACCAAACCUGGACUUCGGAAUGUGGAAGAGCGCCUUCGCCUGGCACACGGAGGAAAUGGACCUGUACAGCCUCAGCUACAUGCAUUAUGGAGAGCCCAGGAGCUGGUACGUUGUUCCCCCAGAGCACGGCAGAAGGUUGGAGAAGCUGGCCAAGGGUUUUUUCCCCGGAAACGCUCAAAACUGCGAAGCUUUCUUGCGGCAUAAAAUGACGUUAAUUUCUCCUACAAUCCUGAAGAAGUACAGUAUUCCAUUUGAGAAGGUGAUUCAGGAGGCGGGGCAGUUCAUCGUGACAUUCCCGUUUGCUUACCACGCCGGCUUUAACCACGGCUUCAACUGCUCCGAGUCCACAAACUUUGCUACGCAGCGAUGGAUCGAGUACGGAAAACAGGCAACGUUGUGCUCCUGCCGUCAGGACUCAGUGAAGAUUUCCAUGGAUGCGUUCGUCCACAAGUAUCAACCAGAGCGCCACAGCCUGUGGAAGGCGGGGAAGGACCAUGUUCUUAUCGAUCACUGCAAGCCGACUCCAGAGGCCGCAGAGUUUCUAAGAAAAGCAGAUGUCCCACCCUCGAAGGAGACUUCUUCUAAAAGGUCAGCGGAGGAGCCUUCAGAUCGCACCCAGAACAACAGUCUCAAGCCGCACGUGGGUAGAAGGCGUCAGAAGGAGGCCGGAAAGACCUCCAACUCCGAUGACGUGAAAUCCGAGCUGACAGAGAAGGAAACUGAGGAGGUGGAGCCAGAGAAAUCCGAUCUUACAGAGAAGGACAAUGAGGGGGCGGAGCCAGAGAAAUCCGAGCUUACAGGGAAGGACACUGAGGGGGCGGAGCCAGAGAAAUCCAAGCUGAUGGAGGAGGACACUGAGGGGGCGCAGCCAGUGAAAUCCAAGCUGAUGGAGGAGGACACUGGGGGGGCAGAGCUGGAGAAAUCCAAGGUGACUGAGAAGAAAACUGAGGGGGCGGAGCCAGAGAAAUCCAAGCUGAUGGAGGAGGACACUGAGGGGGUGGAGCUGGAGAAAUUUGAGGUGACGGAGAAGAAAACUGAGGGGGCGGAGCCAGAGAAACCCGAGCUGAUGGAGAAGAAAACUGAUAGGGCGGAGCCAGAGAAACCCGAGCUGAUGGAGGUGGAGUCUCCUGCAAAGAUUUCUGUCCCAUCAGACAUCGAGGGAGUUGAGCUGGAAGCAACCAAGGAGAAGGACAGCAAGCAACGACUUCAGUCCAAAGUUCAGUCAAAAAGCAGCAACAGAAAAGGCGUCAACAGACGGAGCCCAGCGAAGAAAGAGAAAAAUGGAGAGACAGUUACAGAUGGUUCUCUUUAUCAACCUCCUGCCGCCAAGCUGGUUUCUUCAAACUCUAAAGAGACUGGCCACGGGGUGGAGCCUCCGGGGGAGACCCAGCCGAGCCCAGGCGGCCUGUUUCAGAGGCCACUGAGCUCUGCAGAUGUCCUGCAUGUCCACAGCUACGCCAAAGGAGACUAUGGAGAGGAUGUCCCACCAAAGGAGGAGGAGAACGAUGGCAGGGACUUUCAGAAGGAGGAAGACUUUAGACCUGGCAACAAAGACGUGAUGGAAAUUACCGAGACUGGAGAUCAGGAUACAGAAAAAGUCCAGGUCCAGCUUCCAAACCACCAGCCGCCCCCCCAGGACUGUAUCAGUGACGAAGAGGGCGCUGAUGAGAUUCCUACCUCAGAGGAGUUUGGUUUGGAGGUGGAGAACUGGGCAAAAGCUCUGGCCCAUCUGUGGCAGAACAGACCACACAACCUAAAGAAAGAAAAGGAAUACAACCAGCGCAUGGGCAGCAAACCUCCAUACUGCUCCAUCUGCUCACUCUUUCACACCUACCAGCAGACGGAGUACAAAAGGGCCGAUGCCCCUGUCAUGGGGGCCGGGGGGCACAUGCGGACCAAACCUCUGAUCCCAGAGAUGUGCUUCACCACAACAACAGAGGAGGACUCGGAGCAGCAGGACGAGUCUGUUGCUCCUUAUCUGGAGGAAGAUGGAAGCAGCCUCCUCAUCAGCUGCUCGCAGUGCUGCGUUCGAGUUCAUACCUCGUGUUAUGGUGUGGAUCCAGCCACUGUGAGCAAGGAGUGGAAGUGUGCACGCUGUAAAGCCAACGCCAUGACAGAGGAUUGCUGCCUUUGUUGGUUAAGAGGCGGAGCUUUACAGAGAACCAGCAACCACAAGUGGGUGCACGUGUUGUGCGCCGUGGCGGUUCUGGAGGCUCGCUUCGUCAGCAUCUUUGAUCGGAGUCCUGUGGAUCUGAGUGGAAUUCCUCUGCAGAGAUUCAAACUGAAGUGUUACUACUGUAAGAAGAGGAUGAAGAAGGCGUCCGGCUGCUGUGUUCAAUGCUCGCACGGCCGCUGCCCCACUGCCUACCACCCCACCUGUGCCCAGGCUGCGGGGGUCCUCAUGCAGCCCGGAGAGUGGCCCUUCGUCGUUCACGUCACCUGCUGUCGCCACAAAGGCCCCGCCCAGAUCGAGAGGAACAAAGCGGCCAUGCAUGAGCUGAGCGUGGGGCAGAAGGUCAUCUGCAAGCACAAGAACGGGCGCUACUACCAAUGCGACGUGAUCCAGCUGUCCAAGGAGACCUUCUACGAGGUCAACUUCGACGACGGCUCCUUCAGCGACAACCUUUUCCCAGAGGACAUCGUGAGCCGGGACUGUGCGCAGCUGGGGCCCCCGCCGUCAGGAGAGGUGGUUCAGGUGCGGUGGACGGACGGCCUGGUGUACGGGGCCAAAUUUGUGGCAGCUCACAUCACUCAGAUGUAUCUGGUGGAAUUUGAAGAUGGCUCCCAGCUAACAGCCAAGAGGGACGACGUCUACACUCUGGAUGAAGAACUUCCCAAGAGAGUGAAGUCCAGACUGUCCAAAGCCUCAGACAUGAGGUUUGACGGGAUCUUUGAAGAGAAGGAGAUCAUCCGAGAGUCGAAACGGCAGCGAGUCAUCAACUCCCGUUACCGUGGAGACUACAUCGAGCCUGUCAUCUACAGGGCCAUCAUGGAGUAACAUCAGCCAAGUGUGUCCACCUAAACACCACCAGCAUCCACUGAGAAACUGCACCUUGAACAGCCUCAGACCCUUUUUUAUUGUUCACUCCUCCGUCUGCGUGAACAAGCCCGUGCUCGGUUUUUUACCGUGGUCAAGAAACUCACCUUUUUAUAUUUUUUUAUUCCAUCAGACGCAUCGACAGCAGGCGAACGUUUGGUCCUGUGGCAUAUAAACCAGAGUAGAAGUGACUUUCAGGAGAUGAAAUGAAACAUUUAUUCAAGGAAAACCUCCACUUAUGUAAAAAAUAUCGAUCAAAUAAACAUUUUAGUUCAUUUUGA